AUGUUGUUCGUGCUGUGCACCUAUCUGCUGCUGACCGGUGUCCUCGUUUUGCCGUCCCCCCUGCAGCCCACCGUGCACCAUCCUGCUGAGGAAGAGUAUGAUCCGAUGCACCCGCAGAGGUUCCUCUUCGAAGAGCCGGCCACAGGAGGACAGCGGUCGAAGCGCGCCUCCGCCUCCAUGCCCAAGCUGCGCUUCGAGCCUCCGUCGGACGCCGAGCAUCACGCGCAGUACUGGAACAACCUGGCACAGGAGACGCUCGAGCGGCAGCUGCACAAAAAUCGGCUCAACCGCAAGGUGGCCAAGAACGUGAUUAUGUUCCUCGGCGACGGGCUCUCGAUACCGACGCUGGCCGCCACCCGCGUCUACCUGGGUGACGAAAGUACGGAGCUUUCGUUCGAGCGGUUCCCCUACGUCGGCUUAUCGAAGACGUACUGCGCCAACGUGCAGGUGGCCGACUCGGCCUGCACCGCCACGGCAUACCUGGCCGGAGUGAAGGCCAACUACGGCACGAUCGGACUGUCGGCCGCGGCCGCCCUCGGUGACUGCCAGGCGCAGAACGACACCGCCAACCACGUGCACUCCAUCGCCAAGUGGGCCCAGGAUUCCGGUCUCUCCACCGGGUUCGUCACGACCACCGAGGUUACGAAUGCGUCGCCGGCCGGCGUGUAUGCUCAUGUGGCCAAUCGCAACUGGGAGCACAACGGUGCGAUCGAGAAGGACGGCUUCGAUACGACCGUAUGUCAAGACAUUGCCACACAGCUCGUGCACGGGGAGGUGGGCAGGCAUAUGCGGGUGAUCAUGGGCGGAGGUAGACGGGAGUUCCUGACCACCCACGAAACCGACAUCGAUGGCAAUCCCGGGCGCCGGACGGACGGGAAGAAUUUAAUUAAACACUGGCAGCAUCAUCAUGCACAUCACCAAUCUGCAUACGUGCAGAAUCGUGUCCAAUUACUCGAGACCGACACGGAGCGGACGACGGACUACUUGCUCGGCCUGUUCAGCACCAAGCAUAUGCCGUACCAUCUCGAUGCGGACGAGCAGCAGAUACCCACGCUCGCCGAGAUGGUAUCGAAGGCCAUGGACGUCCUCGAGCGCAACGGCGACGGAUAUUUUCUGUUUGUGGAAGGUGGUCGGAUUGAUCACGGGCAUCAUUACACCCAGCCGAUAAGGGCCUUCGACGAGACGGUUGAGUUUGCCAAUGCUAUCGAGAUGGCACGCAGCCGCACGAGCCAGGAUAAUACGCUGAUUGUCGUUACCUCGGAUCAUUCGCACACGAUGACGAUGAGCGGGUACUCGAGCCGCAAAAAUGACAUUCUUGGAGUCAACAAUGGGCAAAAGGCGGACGAUGAGCUACCGUACGCUACCAUCAGCUACGCCAACGGACCCGGCUACGAUCGGAACGUGCGCGGCCACGAAAGCCGCCUCGACCUGAACGGCGUCGAUAUGCGGGACAAGUCGUUCGCCUUCCCGAGCACGGUACCGCUCGGGCUGGAGACGCACGGUGGUGACGAUGUGGCCGUGUUCGCCAGCGGUCCGUGGGCGCAUCUGUUCACCGGGACCUUCGAGCAGCACUUCAUCCCGCAUGCGAUGGCAUUCGCGGCCUGCAUCGGUCCCGGCCGGACCGCCUGCGAGAAAGGGGAACCUUAAUGGAGCUGGAAAGUCCGGGAUGGAUUACUCCGGCCAAGGGUUUUGGAAUCUCAGCUAAGCUA